UAAAUAAAAAUCUUACGUAUCGAGCAUUACGUCAAAUCUAACGGAAUUUUUCGUUGUAACGGAAUCACACCUGACACCGCUUACGUUAUUAAUAUCUACCGUUACUGGAGGAAAAAGAGUCAAACACACCAUCUAGUUCGAGCUAGCCAACCCAGCAGCUUUAUUUCUUUGACAAAUUUUCCUUCAUUUUCUCGCUAACCAAACGAACGAAGAAAAGAGAAAAAGAUCCUCAUUCGCAAAUGGCUACUGUUGACACAGAAGCAGAAGAAGAAGAAAAGGCAUGGGAAGAAGUACUGAGGAAGAUGUUACCUGCAGGCGCUCCACUACCAGACGAAGAGCACCUCGAUUACUCAAUCGCUAUCGAAUAUCAAGGUCCUCCUAUUUCUUACGACGUCCCUCGCGUCGAUCCAGUUAACUUAAGCUCCCUUUCUGUUCGGACUUCUUCUUUAGCCUCUGUCUCUCACGCAAAUGACCUUUCUAUCCCUGUCGCUGCUCCGAUUUCAAAAUUCAGCCGUUUUACGAACGCAAGCUCAGGUAUUUCGAGCAGACCCCAAAAUGUAAUGGAAACAAACAGAGAAAACGGAAACUGCAAAGAAAAUGAAGGAAAUCGUGUGAAUGUAGUGAAAUUCCAUGAUGCUCCGUUAAUAUCAGAAACGGAGUAUGACGAUGAUGAUGAUGAUGAAGAACAAAGCAACGAUGGAGAUUCAUCCACGCAAUCAAGUGCAGUGGGGCCUGCAGUGGCGGUUAAAAAGGGCAAUAGGAAAAGAGGAACGUGCAGUAGAUGCGAGAAAAGGAAUAGGUUAAGAGAGAGAGAGGUAUGUAUAGUGUGUGAUGCGAGGUAUUGUAGUAAUUGUUUGCUUAAAGCUAUGGGUUCAAUGCCUGAAGGAAGGAAAUGUGUUGGUUGCAUAGGGCUUCCUAUUGAUGAACCAAAACGGUGUAGUUUAGGUAAGUGUUCAAGGAUUUUGUCAAAAGUCUGUAGUGCAUUGGAGGUUAAACAGAUUAUGAAAGCGGAGAAAGAAUGUGCAGCCAAUCAAUUGAGACCUGAGCAGUUACUUGUGAAUGGAAGGUCACUUAGGCAAGAGGAAUUAGCUGAGGUUUUAGGCUGUCCUAUGCCGCCGGAGAAUUUAAAGCCUGGAAAGUAUUGGUAUGAUAAGGAUUCGGGACUAUGGGGAAAGGAGGGGGAGAAGCCUGAUAGAAUUAUUACUUCAAAACUUAAUGUUGGUGGUAAGCUUCGCCCUGAUGCGAGUAAUGGAAACACCAAGGUUUACAUAAAUGGGCGUGAAAUUACCAAGACUGAACUCAGAGUGUUGAAGCUGGCUAAGGUACAAUGCCCUCGGGAUACACAUUUUUGGGUGUAUGAUGAUGGAUCUUAUGAGGAAGAGGGCCAAAAUAAGAUAAAAGGAAACAUAUGGGGAAAGGCAUCUACUCGUUUGAUUUGUUCACUGUUCUCGCUGCCUGUGCCACCGGGAAAUCCUUUGGAGUCAAAAGAAGAUCCGACUACCUUUUCAAGUAGGUCAGUGCCUGACUAUUUGGAACAGGGAAGGGUCCAAAAACUUCUGUUAUUGGGUUUGGAGGGAUCUGGAACCAGUACCAUCUUCAAGCAGGCAAAAUUUUUGUAUGGGAAUAAGUUUACUUCAGAAGAAUUACAGAACAUUAAGCUCAUGAUUCAAAGUAAUAUGUACAAAUAUCUUAGCAUAUUACUUGAAGGACGAGAAAUGUUUGAAGAGGAAGCUCUGAUGGAAGAUGGAACUGCUAAUUUGAAUGCUGAAGAAUCUAUAUCAGAUGAAACAGGAGUUGAAGCAAAUAAGCACUGCAUCUACUCCAUAAAUCAAAGGUUUAAGUAUUUCUCUGACUGGUUACUGGAUAUCAUGGCUACUGGGGACUUAGAUGCCUUUUUUCCUGCUGCAACAAGAGAGUAUGGUCCUAUUGUUGGUGAGGUCUGGAAGGAUCCUGCCAUUCAAGAGACAUACAAGAGAAGUAAGGAAUUGCAGCUCCCUGAUGUUGCCAAAUAUUUUCUAGAUCAGGCUGUUGAAAUUUCAAGCAACGAGUAUGAACCUUCGGAGAAGGACAUUUUAUUUGCUGAAGGAGUCACCCAGAGUAAUGGCCUUGCCUUCAUGGGAUUCUCAUUUGAUGAUAGAAGCCCAAUGUCUGAAACAUACAACGAUGACUUUGAAUGUCCGCCCUGUUUGGCCAAAUACCAACUUAUUCGCAUAAAUUCCAAAGGAUUGCAUGAUGGUUGCAAAUGGCUAGAAAUGUUUGAGGACGUAAGAGCAGUUAUCUUCUGUGUUGCACUGAGUGAUUAUGAUCAGAUCUGGGCCUAUGGUUCCGGUUCUCAUAAUAAUAAUAAAAUGCUGGCCAGCAGGGACUUGUUUGAGAGCUUGGUGAGGCACCCUUGUUUUAGGGACGCUCCCUUUGUGCUUUUGCUGAAUAAAUAUGAUACAUUUGAGGACAAGAUCAACCAGGUUCCGCUGUCCUCUUGCGAGUGGUUCAGGGAUUUCAGCCCUUUGAAGGCGCAUCACAAUACUCAGACUCUGGCUAACCAAGCUUACUACUAUGUGGCAAUGAAAUUUAAGGAGCUAUAUUCUUCAAUAACUGGCCGUAAGUUGUUUGCUUGGCAGGUCAGAGCUCGUGAACGUGUCUCAGUAGAUGAGGCGUUCAAGUACGUAAGGGAGGUCCUUAAGUGGGAUGACGAAAAAGAUGAUAACAUAUACGGAAUCAAUGCCGAUGAAUCGUUUUACAGUACAGAAAUGAGCUCCUCUCCUUAUUUAAGACCUGAAUGACCAUCCGUUUCUUUUAUUUUUCAUGGCUCUAGGAUGCCAAUAUUUUGAACUGGAAGAUUGAUUAAUUUUACUUUGACGGUCAGAAUUCUCUUGCAGUUGCUCGAAAAUGGUGGGGGCUUUUUGUGCUAAUAUGGUGCAAAAGUGCGUUAAAAAUUGAUGCUGCUGCUGCUAUUGGUGUCUUCUUUAGACUGUAGGAACUGAUUUAUAAAUAAGCUGAACUAAUUUGGUGAAGGUAUUUGUAUAUUUUUCUUUAUUAUUGGGUGGAUGGGGAAUAUUUCCUUCUGUAUAGCUUAGUCUUGUUCGUCAUGAAUAAGCCCAGCUUUUUAUCAUUUCAUUGAAAUUUCAUGUAAAUUUUGGGAGCAUCUCCUUCAUUGUUAGAUACUGCAGUUUGUUGGGGCUUUGCCGACUUGACUAUUUCAGAAUUCAACAGUAUGCUUAGGAAUGGCAAAGGGCGGGUUUGGCCUUUCCCAUCUCCGGUCGUCCUUGAAGGGCAGAAAAUUCUUGUGACCUGAGCAAAAAAACUUUGUAAAAUUACACAAGAACAGUGAACAGUUGCUAGCAUAUAAUAGAAAUGGCAAUUUGCUCA